CUCUUCUUUUCCACUCCGUUUGCUUGUCACCUUCCUCUCCCUUGACCUCGCGCUUUCGUUUUCUUCUCUGCUACUCGACCCUCCGUCAAAAUGGCAAGCCAGACCGCCGACGCCUCUAUGGCCUCUGACGCCCAAACCCUGCCUGAUCGCACUCAGAACCCCGCUGAUAACGCCCCCGCGGGAGAGGUCUCCAAGAACGCUGCGAAGAAAGCCGCCAAAGCCGCGAAGAUGGCUUCCGACAAGGCCGGUAAGGCCGCGAACAAGGGGUCGGGAAAGCAGGAGAACAACAAGCCUGCCGCAAAGGCCUCCAAGAAGAAGGCUGACGGUGCCGCUCUGAUCGGCAUUGAUGUGACCAAGGAGGAGGACUUCCCCGGCUGGUACCAGCAAGUUCUGACCAAGGGUGACAUGCUGGAUUACUAUGAUGUCUCCGGGUGCUUCAUUCUCAAGCCUGCCUCGUUCUCGAUCUGGGAGGAGAUUCAGCAAUGGUUCAACACGCACAUCAAGAAGAUGGGUGUCAAGAACUGCUCGUUCCCUCUGUUUGUGUCGGAAGAUGUGCUGCAGAGAGAGAAGGACCACAUUGAGGGCUUCGCCGCCGAAGUUGCCUGGGUGACUCACGCUGGCUCUACCCCCCUGGAGAAGAAGAUUGCCAUCCGUCCGACUUCGGAAACCGUCAUGUACCCAUACUACUCCAAGUGGAUCAGAAGUCACCGUGACCUUCCCCUCAAGCUCAACCAGUGGAACUCCGUCGUGCGGUGGGAGUUCAAGAACCCCCAGCCGUUCCUGAGAACCCGUGAGUUCCUGUGGCAGGAGGGCCACACUGCUCAUUUGACCCAGGACGCUGCCCAUGAGGAGGUCAUUCAGAUCCUGGACCUGUACGCCCGCAUCUACGAGGAGCUCCUGGCCGUCCCCGUGGUCAAGGGCCAGAAGACGGAGAAGGAGAAGUUUGCCGGUGGUGCCUACACCACCACCGUGGAGGGCUACAUCCCCUCCACUGGCCGCGGUAUCCAGGGUGGUACCUCUCACGGUCUCGGUCAGAACUUCAGCAAGAUGUUUAACAUCACCGUCGAGGAUCCCUCCGCCAAGGGUGACGAGAAGAAGCCCCCUAUCCACGUCUGGCAGAACUCCUGGGGUCUCUCGACCCGUACCCUGGGUGUCAUGGUCAUGAUCCACAGUGACAACCGUGGUCUGGUGCUCCCUCCCCGCGUCGCCGAGACCCAGACCGUCAUCGUCCCUGUCGGCAUCACCGCCAAGACGACCGACGAGGAGCGCCAGAAGCUGUACGCCGAGAUCGACGGCCUGGUCGCGGUCCUCGACGCCGCGGGCGUCCGCGCCGUCAGCGACUUGCGCGAGGGCUACUCCCCGGGCUGGAAGUUCAACGAGUGGGAGCUCCGCGGUGUGCCCCUGCGCAUCGAGUUCGGCCCCGGCGAAUCCGCCGGCCACUUCGUCACGGCCGCCCGUCGUGACAUCCCCGGCAAGGACGGCAAGUCGACCGUCCCGAUCCCCGAGCUGUCGACCGCGGUCCCGGCUCUCCUGGAGACCAUCCAGGGUGACCUCUUCAAGCGCGCCGACAACGAGUACAGCGCGCACCGCAAGAUCAUCACCAACUGGGAGGACUUCACCCCCGCCCUGAACAGCAAGAACGUCUGCAUGAUCCCCCACUGUCUCACGGAGGAAUGCGAGGACCAGAUCAAGGAUAUGAGCGCCCGCAAGGCCGAGGAGGAGACCGGUUUGGCCCAGGACGCCAAGGCCCCCAGCAUGGGCGCCAAGUCCCUGUGUAUCCCCUUCGACCAGCCCGAGGGCAUCAAGAAGGGCGAGACCAAGUGUGUCAACCCCAAGUGUGACCGUCUGGCAGAGAAAUGGUGCAUGUUUGGCCGUUCCUACUAAACGCGACUUAGCUAUUCCUAUUCCACAUUUAGAGAGAGAAGCUAUUUUACUUUACCUACAUUAGCAUGGUUGCUAUGAGACUUAUGAAUUUUAUUCUGUUCUUUUCUUCUUAUUAAAUCCUUCUUAUGAUCCCCCC